AUUCGACACGCAGUCGAGUCAACAGGAAAUUUUGGAUUGGGGCUUGUUCCCGAUGAAAGUUUGAAAUGGCUCGUUUAUUCGACGCAAUUUGGAUUCCUUUUUGUUUUCUAGUUAUUUCGUCGGCUUACUGUCAAACUUCUUACUCGUUUGACGCCGAUGCGAAAAACUUACUAGAACAAAUCCAACACUUAAGAGGAAACUAUGAUCGCAUGGAAGCAAAAGUCGGUGAACUGACGGCGAAAGUAACCCAAUUGGAAAAACAACUUCUUAAAGAAACAUCAUCGAAGACCAAAACUCGAGGGGCUCAAACCGACAUGAGAAGAUCGUGCAGUGAGAUUAAAUCAGCAAACCCUGGUCUUAAUUCAGGAAUGUACUGGAUCGAUCCGGACGGCCAAGACGUUGGCGACGACCCCAUCGAAGUCCACUGUGACAUGACUUCAGGUAUCACUAGCAUUUUACACGACAGCGAAGAAUACGUGGAAGUGGAUAACUGUUUCGAUCCCGGAUGCUACAGCAGGGACAUCCACUAUUCAGCAAGUGACAGACAGAUAACAAAAUUAAUCGAGUUGUCCAACGAAUGUCACCAGUACUUUAAAUAUGACUGCAUCGAAGCACCGUUCGAGUUUAACGGCCAACAGGUUUCGUGGUGGGACGACCGACAUGGAAACCCGCAACACUUUUGGUCCGGAAAACACACAAGUGGUCACACCUGCGAUUGUGGCAUCAACAGAAACUGCAUUGGUGGGUCAACCAAAAAAUGCCAUUGCGACUCAAGAUUAUCUUACUCGGAGUCCGAUCACGGAAUCAUCACGGAUAAGAGCGUUUUACCAAUCAAACGUCUACAUUUCGGGCAUACUUCGACUGGCUCCGGCGGACACACUCUGGGGAGAUUCCAGUGUUCGGGACAGAUGGCCAAUCAAAUCGUUAAUAAAAUACCAACCUCAUGCGCAGACCUGAGAGCAUUGGGACAUGCCUCAAGCGGAUUUUAUUUCAUCCAAGGAACCCAAAAAAUCGAAACAGUGUACUGUGAAUUCACGAAAUUAUUGACAGAAGCAGGUUUUGAGACUUGGGUCGGAUACGCGGAUCUCAAGCCGGAACCAACUCAUUCCGGAAUGCCAACGUCCUGUGCCGAUUUGAGGGGAAUAGGACACACUUCGUUCUCCAGCGGAAUGUAUUCCAUCAUGGGAAGGAAGUUUGUGGAAGUGGUUUUUUGCGAUUUCACCAAAUCCCAGGACGAUAAAGGCUUCCAGACAUGGAUGGGCUACGCGGACCUCAAGCCGGAACCCAGGUACUCGGGAGUGCCAAAGUCCUGUGCUGAUUUGAAGGACAUAGGACACACGACCUUCUCGAGCGGAUUGUAUCCCAUUUUCGGGGAGAAAUUCGUCGAGAUGGUUUACUGCGACUUUGACAAACCAUCGAUCAUGAUAGGUCUCCAGAGAAAUAUUGGAAUUGUUGAUGUUAAAUCAAAGCCCACCUUUUUCUAUGGGCAGCGGAACACUCCUUUCACCACCUACGGCAGCAUACCGUUCGACGUCCCUUCAAACAGUGUAAGCAAUCAGAAUGUGCUCAACAUCGGCAACGCCUGGAAGACCAGUUCAGAUCGCUUCGAGGCCCCAGUCAAAGGUCGUUACUUUUUCUCCGUGUCCGGUAUUGCGACGUGCCGGACGGGAGCGCUGACGUGCAAAUUCAGUAUCUUCCUGGAGAGAAGCUCUGUUGUUGGUGGAAUUGGACAUGCAAUGGGCGAGGUCGACAUGGAGAGGCGAGAUAAAACCAGCAAAGACUCGGAAACGUUUUCCAUUCAAGCGACGCUCGAUUUGAAAAAGGGCGAAACCGUCUGGCUUCAUAUCGAUCCUAAAUAUUCUUCGCCUGUAGCGACAUUGUACGACGACCCUAGGCAUUACACUCACUUUAUUGGCAUAUUACUGCAAGAAGACAUUGGUGAUUCUUUCGGAUUGUAUCGGCAUGCAUAGACUAACGUUAAGGUUCGAUCACCCUUUUUUUUUUUAAUUUGAUUCUUUCCA